AUGAGAGGAGGUGGAACAAAAGGUGCUUAUGAAUCAGGUGCCUUAAAAGCCAUAAUUAAUAAGUUUAAACCAAUUGAAUAUCAGUAUGAUGUGGUUUCUGGAGUUUCAAUUGGAGCUGUAAACUCUGUUAUGUUAGCUAUUCACCCCAAAGGUAAAGAAAGAGAAGCACUCGGGGAACUUGAAAAUAUCUGGAGAACUCACUAGGUUUAAGACUUGUAUAGGAAUUGGCCUAAAUACGGGAUCCUUGGAGGAUUUUUCAAUGAUGCUAUAUUUGAUUCAACUCCAUUAAAGAAUUUCGCAAAUGACACCCUUCAUGGCAGACCUUUUAUCAGAAAGUUCACUUACGAAUCUGUUGAUUUGAAUACAGGUAGAGUAGUUAAUUUUGAUGAAAAAACUACUAGUGCCUAAUAAAUUUAAUCAGUACUUGCCUCUGCUUCAAUCCCAGGCUUUUUCUCACCAUAACAUCUUCAGAAUAUGGUACUUGCAGAUGGAGGAGUAUUUGAAAACUUAAAUUUAGGGCCAGCAAUUGUGAAAUGCAGAGAACAAGGAGCACCAGACCAAAAGAUUAUAGUUGAUAUUCUUCUCUGUUUUGAUUAACCAGUAAAGAUCUAGCAAUGGACAUAUGAGGAGGCAAAGUACAAAAGUGUGAGUGAACUAAAUAUGAGGAAAAAAGAGAUCAAAGAUGCCUAUUACUACCUUGAGGAUAUUGAAAGAGUUCUUAGGGGCUUUCCAGACAUCAACGUUAGGUACAUCCUUGAACCCAGUCAAAAGUUACCGAGCAAAUAUAUACCUAUUUUCUCAAGUCUUGAGGAUACUAUAUUCCAAAUUGAACUAGGAGAAAAAGAUAUGGAAGCUCUUAUAGAAAGUGGUAAAAAAUCUAAUAAUAAGCAUAUAGAAAAAAUGCUUGAGACUAGAAACUACAUUUGA